AUUUCAUCGCGACAGCGUAAUAAGUGUUACAGAUAAGCUACUAGUCCAUUCUAUUAAUUGCUGGAAAAAUCAUCCACGAUGCGACGUUUCCUAAGCAAGGCGAUUGGUGUUCUGACUGGACUUACGCUGCUUCUGCCCUCAGUGAUACUGGCAGAUAGCGAGCUGAACCUCAUCAAUCUUGCGGCAAACGAAUCAGCCAUCAUAUCCUCGCCAUUCUAUCCAAGCAACUACCAGAACAAUUUGGACAUCCAGUGGGUUAUCCAAACAGCGGAGGACUUUAGAAUCCUCCUCAGUUUCCUCGCUUUCAACACGGAGAGUUGUUGCGACCAUCUGAGUGCCGGGAACGGGAUCGAUUCUGCAAUUUCCUCUACAAGGAUCUUCCGGUUGAGUGGGACCCUUCUCCCGCUUGAUACGACCUCAACCGGCAAUGCCAUGUGGCUUAGGUUCACAUCUGAUGGUAGUUACACCAAAAGUGGGUUUUCUUUAUCAGCUCGAAGCUUUGGAUCAAGUGGUAAGAGUGCGUACAACUAUGAUUAUUUGGAGGUUGGCAAUGGCCGCAACUCUACUGACUCCUCCAGUAGGGUGUUCCGUCGGAGUGGGAGAAUUCUCCCGCCUGAUACGCCCUCAACCGGCAAUGCCAUGUGGCUAAGGUUCACAUCUGGUUCUAGUAGCACCAGCAGUGGUUUUUUUCUAUCAGCUCGAAGCGUUGGAUCAUUUGGAUGUAUAUUGAACUCUUGUCUGAACGGCGGGACGUGUCGACCAAUUGGAUGGUCAGGCUUCAACUGUGAAUGUCUCGAUGGGUUUGAAGGCACGAGGUGUGAAAUAGAGCUGAUCAAUCUCACGGAAAACAAUUCAGCCAUCAUAUCCUCGCCAUCCUAUCCAAGCAACUACCAGAACAAUCUGGACAUCCAGUGGGUUAUCCAAACAGCGGAGGACUUAAGAAUCCUCCUCAGUUUCCUCGCUUUCGACACGCAGUACAACUAUGAUUAUUUGGAGGUUGGCAACGGCCGCAACUCUACUGACUCCACCAGUAGGGUGUUCCGUCAGAGUGGGAGAAUUCUCCCGCCUGAUACGCCCUCAACCGGCAAUGCCAUGUGGCUAAGGUUCACAUCUGGUUCUAGGAGCACCAGCAGUGGUUUUUCUCUAUCAGCUCGAAGCGUUGGAUCAUUUGGAUGUAUAUUGAACUCUUGUCUGAACGGCGGGACGUGUCGACCAAUUGGAUUGUCAGGCUUCAACUGUGAAUGUCUGGAUGGGUUUGAAGGCACAAGGUGUGAAAUAGAGCUGAUCAAUCUCACGGAAAAAAAAUCAGCCAUCAUAUCCUCGCCAUCCUAUCCAAGCAACUACCAGAACAAUCUGGACAUCCAGUGGGUUAUCCAAACAGCGGAGGACUUUAGAAUCCUCCUCAGUUUCCUCGCUUUCGACACGCCCUACAAUGAUUAUUUGGAGGUUGGCAACGGCCGCAACUCUACUGACUCCUCCAGUAGGGUGUUCCGUCGGAGUGGGAGUAUUCUCCCGCCUGAUACGCCCUCAACCGGCAAUGCCAUGUGGCUAAGGUUCACAUCUGGUUCUAGAAGCACCAGCAGUGGUUUUUCUCUAUCAGCUCGAAGCGUUGGAUCAUUUGGAUGUAUAUUGAACUCUUGUCUGAACGGCGGGACGUGUCGACCAAUUGGAUUGUCAGGCUUCAACUGUGAAUGUCUCAAUGGGUUUGAAGGCACAAGGUGUGAAAUAGAGCUGGUUGCGGCAAAGGCCACAAUCUACAUAUCCUCGCCAUCCUAUCCAAGCAACUACCAGAACAAUCUGGACAUCCAGUGGGUUAUCCAAACAGCGGAGGACUUUAGAAUCCUCCUCAGUUUCCUCGCUUUCAACACGCAGUACGAUGAUUAUUUGGAGGUUGGCAACGGCCGCAACCCUACUGACUCCUCCAGUAGGGUGUUCCGUCGGAGUGGGAGCAGUUCCCCGCCUGUUACGUUAUCACACAGCAAUGUCAUGUGGCUAAGGUUCACAUCUGGUGGUGCUGGCACCAGAAGUGGGUUUCUCGUAUCAGCUGAAAGCGUUGGACCAAUAGUUCGUAUUGGAGCUACUGUGGCCCAUCCCGCUGCACCGACUACCAUCCCCGCUGCAACCACUAAAGUCGUCAAGAAGGGCUGCACGGCUCCACCCAAAUUGAACCACGUGACGAUAGCCGAAGGGCAAGAUCACGUAUUUGAACCGGGCGAAGUGGCCACUUUCACGUGUAGUGUUGACUUUGUCGUCAGGGGAACCGACCGUCACUACGCAGAGCGAGUCUGCCAAUCAGACGGCUCUUGGUCCAGCAAACCAGUGGAGUGUUCUCCGGUAGAUGAUCCCAGAGCUAAUGAGACGUUAGUAGGGAAGGCAGCAGGAGGGGGAGUGGCCGGAGGAGUUCUCUUCGUGGUCAUCCUGCUUCUUGGUUUCCUCCUCAUCAGAAGAAGGUGGAGGAAAAACAACAACCAGAGAACAGUUCGAGCCCCAGGUACAGGUAUUGCGCUGAUAUCUUCUGGCAAUACCUACAACGAUCCACGCACAGACACAAACCCACCACCGGUACAUGAGACUACCAUCAGCGGAGCUGCUGCAGCCGCAGAUGCAGAGUGUGCGACUGAAAAUGAGGUUAACCUGAAGGUUCCUCUGCUGCCUACCCCAUCACCCCCAGAUGGGCCACCCCCGAGUUACGACUACGUACCAGGAAACUAGCCGGAAGAUGGACCGCCGACUUAAACAAAAGUCAUGUUAC